AUGCCGCCUCCGCUCCCGGAUUUCACUUCGACCACGUCACCAGAGCGGGGAAUGACAGUCCCAAUCUUUCGCGAGAGCAACAACGCUGGAUUUGAAAUCGUUCGCUCCGCUCUUCGAAUUCCUCGUCGCUGGAUCUCCUGUAGCGGUGGGGAGCUCCCGCCCCAGACCUGGCGACGGAGGAUCUGGGUACGGAGCCGUUUUGGGGGCAAAAGGGGAGGUGAUUUUGGCGUCGGCCGUCGGGGAAGAGGCGACGAGGAGGAGUUGGGAGCCGAGAUGGAGGUGGUCACAGGUUCUUGGAAUAUGCAGAGGUUGCUAACAGAGAACAGAAACAAAAAUAUGGAUUUGCCCAAACCCACAUCUCACCUCUGCAAGAACAUUCAGGUAUGCGUAAUGGGUCACGACCUGCAUGAGUGCCUAAGCAGCGAGGUUCGAUUUUGA